GUAAGAUACACAUAUUGAAAUUAUUUCUUCUUCCAGAUUUUAAUAUACUUCACAGUUCUCGUCAUCAGUAGCAAAUCAGAAAGAUUAAGAAGACGAAGCACAUUCCAGUAUCCAGCAUCCUCCGGAGGCCUUCAGAUUGGUGGGGUAGAUGUAGAUACGUUCGACCUCACCCAGCAACAGCAGCAACAACCUAGCCUCCAGCAGGUCAAUUUUAUCUCCUCGAAUGACAUUGAGAAGCCCGUAGAUGAGAUCCAGGAAUUCGUUCCUCCCCAGAUGCAGGGAGGGCAGACUGCCAUCAUCCCUCUGUUGCCACCCCCCGCCACACCAGUGCAGAUCACCAGGCCGAAUAAUGCUGCAAAUGCAAAUGGAGGAGCUGUUUUCCUGGGAUCAGGAGCAUUAGGGGUUGUCGCUCUCGGUGGAGGUGCCUACGUAUUGGGCUCAGGUGGUCUGGGCUACUCCAACAGAAGAUCAAAUCCUCGGGCUUCUUUCAGACAUCCCCUAUUACCUCCAGUCAGAGCUUCUGCGGAUUUGAUACCAGCAGCUGUCAACACGCCCCAGAUGCAACAGUUUCAAGGGGUACAAUUCAGCUAUCCUCCAGGUAGUCCACUGCCAAGGGACCAAAACGGAUACGAGUAUCUGCCUCCAGACAGAGUAGCCUUCGGAGAUCCACUUCCUCCAAGACCUUUAAAAACCACCAACUCCUACGCAACUCCAAGUCCAGUCCAGCAACAUGCGAUUGAUGUCCAACGGCUUGAAGAUUUUGAUACGCAGUUGUACGGCAUUAGUCAACAGCUUUAUUGAGCUUAGGUUGAAAAAAAUUGUAAACUUAAUGUUUGUGAUGUAUCCAAAAUGGUUGUAGAUGUAUCUACUUACUAUUAGAUUUGGGCAUUUUUGCCUAAUUUCAAAAAUACUAGUGGGUCAUUUCCAAAACAUUUGACAUCUGGUAAUGCUUUUACAUUCAUAUAUAAAGAAACUCAUUCACAAAUAUAUUGUCAAAGAAUAUUUAAUAUAUCUGCUUGUAGUAUCCAGAUAAGCUUUGUCCUCGAACAAGUUUGUGACAGUUUUUCUUUUACCGAUAGUAAUAGCCUCACUACGACUUAUGCUCAUAUCUACAUUCAAUAUCAGCAAAUUCAACUUUCCAGUAUGUAGGAUUUCUGCAUUUUAAUACAGUCACAAGGAUAGUACUAAAAAAUGUGAUGCCUUAAUUUUUUUGUGGUUUGUGCGUCCCCAAUUAGCUAUCGAACUUGUACUGUGAAUAUUAUUGUUUUGUAAUGUAUUAUUACGACCUGUAUUUAUUCCGUAUGCUAUUUAUUUUGUACAAUUUCUAAUUUAUAAUAUUAUGGAAAUUAAAGGACGAUGGCGUUGAGCAGCGGAAUAUUUAUUUUCGACUUUCAAAAUACUUCAAUCUACAAUUUCUAUACUACAAAUGAAACUGAUUAGCUUUGUACAACAAUGGAAGUAACCGGAAGGUGAGACGGACCCAACUACUUGGAUUGGUAUAGUUUCCUGCUUCUGAGGUUGUUAACACCGAAACUCAGGGUUCGUCCAAAAAAAUUCUGUGAGACCCCCAACUCAUGACGCUAAAAUGCGUUGUAGUUCAAAUGAAUCAGAGGCGCGCGAAUUAGAAUUCAAUUUGGUCUUAUUAGAAGCAAUUACACCUAAAUAUCACUUGUAAAUUGAUUGAUUCUAAUAAAAAGGCAACAGGC